AACAGCUCCACACUAUGUUGCAUGCUUUUGCUGAAAUGCGUGCAUGUGACCAAUAUAAUGUACGUUGGGGUUCAAGGCGUUUUUUCAGUUUAUUGAUCGCGUAUCUGUAGGUCGUAUAGGCUACGCUUGAUGUUCUACUGUAUACGUUUCCUCUAAGCUUUUCAGAAGGCAGAGGAGCCUGCAAUGUAGACUCAAGUGAUGAAUGUGGAACACAGAUGUGCAUCCACUGUGGGUGUGUGUGGACAGAGUACAGCUUUCGCAUUGUGUGAUACGUCAUUGCGAUCCAUGAUAAUUCUCUCUGCUCCCCAUAUCGCCACUCCGGCCGGUCCUCGACUCUGAAACGGCUUCGACUAGACAGUUUCACCAGGUAAAUCUAAUGGGACAGUCAAGGCCUUUGAUUCCAUUUGCCUCGUCGCGCUGAGGUUGGAGAGGACAUAUUACUACCCCGAAGUGAAAAUCAAAGCCCAACGAAAUGACAAACAAGGAGUCCGAGGAUGUGGGUCUCUCCAUACCACUGUGCAUCUACAACGGAGCUUCCCAAACCAAUGGUACCUGCAUGGACCAAAUUGGCCGCUUCUUCCAACCGUUCUCCUCGACCUUUGCGCUCAUGGUGCUGGUGGCCAUGAUAAUUGGGAUAAUAUUGGUUUCCCUGGCAGCAUUUCACUUUAACAAGAGGAGAAUGAAGAAGAGGAAGAUCCAACGUGCCCAGGAGGAAUACGAGCGUGACAACCUCAACCCGUCCACCAAGGCGAAGAGAGAGCCUAUGAGACCAUGCAUUAUUGUCCGACCAUCGCCUCGAGAUGGCGAACACCGGCCACACUCCGCUGUCCAAAAUACCAGUUAUCACAUUCAGGAGGACGUCGGUACCUUACCCAUUACAAAUAAUGCGUCAGAAUUGGAUAUGGCACACAUUGAGCAAGGAGAUGGACAAGUGCUGGAAACGGUCAUCUUGUCUUGAUAACGCUGCAAUUGAAAGUGUUGGGACUUUGUAAAUAAACAACAUCCACGUUAUAGUUCAGGUGUAACUGACAAAAAACAUAAAUUUGGGAUUAACUGGGAAAGCAAUAUGGCACAAAAACAAACAAUAUGACCUCAAGGAACUAUGUUUGCCAUUUUCAUCAUAAAUCACACCGAGUGGAUUGAUAUGUGCCACGUUUGUAAAUCGCGUAUAAAAGUAGAGUCCGUCCGUAUAUUGGAAUACAUUUGUGGAAAAUUUCAGCAAAAGACCAUUUGGUAGAGUAUUGUAAAUUGAAGACAGGCCACAAAGAAAGAGCGCUGUCCGUGGUUAUGAAAUCCCAGGCCCACUCGAAAGAGCGCUGUCCAUGGUGCUGAAAUGUAGAUACGUUCAUGUGCCCCUAGCACAAUUUCGUUGUGUAGAUGUAAAUUGCUAGUUGUCCAAGUAUUCUAAAGUAUUUAUUUCUGCGACUAUUUCUACUACUGGACUUGCAAAUGGUAGAAUUAGAUUUUUAUCUAAAGAAAUAUUUCCCCAAAAGUUCAAUCAAACUUCUUAACCAGUUCCACAGAACAAGCUUCACUUUAUACAUUAUUAUUUUAUGUAAUAUGCUCUGGCGACCAUGCAUUCCUCUUAGUCUCAAUCCAUUUGAUUUUAUUUGUACAACGCUUUCAAACGAAGAGCAAGUAGAUGUAGGAAGAUACCUUAAGAGGAACCAGACUCUCUGAUUGGCAUGGGCUUUGGCACCCUCUCACAACGUUUUGAAGGAGCUAUCAAAUAAAGCUUUUAUGUCAUGUUUGACAAGGUCUCACAAACCUAUUUCGGGCUUUUAGCUUGGCUAAAAGUGUGGCAAGCGGUUUAAGUUGCCAUUUGUUGCGGUGAGGCAGUGCAGACUGUAUUUAGAAAUGGCCUCAAAUAAUUAUUUUCAGAGAUACAUAGUUGAAUUAAAAUGAUGCAUUUUUAUUGGUUGUUGAUAUAAAGGACAUCAAUCUUUUCUUUAAUGUCUUGAAGAUGACUGUAGGUUCUAGCAUGUGUGACUUCAUGUAGGGCACAAUGCGUUUGGUUUGUAAUAAUGCACUGUUCCAGAUUUAAUUAUUUCAUGUGCCAGAUAGCUGUGAGUCCUAAUAGCCUAUAGCAGACCAGUAUUUAUAAUGUACCCUCUGAAAUGUAAUAAAUGGGGCAUCAUAAAUA